GAAAUAUUAGGAUAAUUAUUUUUGGGACACACAAGCAGGUCUCUUUCACAUCGAAAUGUUGAUGAUGUCAGAUACUUUGGAUAAAAUGAAUAAGUUGUUAGGAUCAAAGCAUCGCUUGAGCGGGAAGAUUCUUCACAUGCAAAAUGAAAAUCCAAUGCUUCUAGUGAUCGAAGAUCUUGCGUCUCUCGAUUUUCGAAUGGCCGAUCGUAUGUAUGGUCUUGAUUUAAAUCAUUCCAUACUGGCACUUCGCGGAAUUGCCAAGUUUCAUGCUGCCUCCGUAGCCCUUUGUGAGAAGGAACCAAAGCAAAAAGAGAUGUGUUCGAAAGGAAUAUUUAAUGAUCAGCUUCCAUCAGAAAUAAAAGAUGUUUUUAUUAAGAGUACUAAAGAUUUAGCAAAUGAGAUUGUCAACUGGCCAGAAGUGAAAAAAUACUCGGAAAAAAUUGUUAAACUCGCCGAUCAUAUCAAAUAGGAUUGAAUGCAACCAAGCUUGUGAAGACGAAUUUAAUGUUAUUAAUCAUGGUGAUUGUCAUGCCAACAAUUUGUUAUUUAAAUAUGACAACAAUGGCAAACCCAUUGAUCAGAUUUUUGUAAGUACCAUCACAGCAUAAGAAAUCGUGUACUUCUUCUGAACGUGGAUGCUCAUUGAUUUGUUAUAGUUAUGACUUUAUUUUGCGAUUAAGAACUAAGAUUAAACAAAACCAUUCGUGAAAUUUUUAGCACAUUAUACUUUUGUGUGAUACGACUAUAUUGC